CCAAAACACGCCACGUGAGCGAGCACUCUUCCUCUAGCGCGGACGUCAAAACUAACUAUCAACUAUAACUUUGAAACUACCUAUUGGGGUCCGCUUCCUCUGCCUAUCAGAACAUAGAGAGAGAGAGAGAGCGAGAGAGAGAGAGAGAGAGAGAGAGAGAGCGAUUUUGCUAUUUUCGGCAAGGAAGAGAGCUUUCUAGGGUUUCUAGUUGCUUCCGAAGCAAGAUGUUGGAGUGAUAUUGCGGUGGAUACAUUCAGAUUUAACACGAAUUGGAUUUGAAGUUGUUGAGAAUGGCUUCUGUGGGAACAUUACCUUCUUCUACUACGGCUACAAGAAAAAUGAAUGAUUCUGUAUGUGUUGAUAAACUACCUGAAGGGAUUAAUGAGAUGAAGAUUAAAGAUGAUAAGGAAAUGGAAGCAGCUGUGGUUGAUGGGAAUGGAACUGAGACAGGUCACAUCAUUGUUACAACCAUUGGUGGUAAAGAUGGUCAGCCUAAACAGACCAUAAGCUAUAUGGCAGAGCGCGUCGUUGGACAAGGUUCAUUUGGAAUCGUUUUUCAGGCAAAGUGUUUAGAAACGGGGGAAACUGUUGCGAUAAAGAAAGUUUUGCAGGACAAGAGAUACAAGAACCGUGAGCUGCAGACGAUGCGCCUUCUUGAUCACCCUAAUGUCGUCUCCCUCAAGCAUUGCUUUUUCUCAACGACCGAGAAAGAUGAGCUGUAUCUCAACCUGGUCCUUGAAUACGUUCCUGAGACUGUCUAUCGCGUCUCAAAGCAUUACAGUCGGGCUAACCAGAGGAUGCCCAUGAUAUACGUCAAACUCUAUACAUAUCAGAUUUGCAGAGCUCUAGCAUACAUUCAUGGAGGAGUUGGAGUCUGUCACAGAGACAUAAAACCACAGAAUCUUCUGGUUAAUCCUCACACACAUCAGGUCAAACUCUGCGACUUUGGCAGCGCUAAAGUUCUGGUCAAAGGCGAACCGAACAUCUCAUACAUCUGCUCCCGUUACUACCGAGCACCUGAGCUUAUAUUUGGAGCCACAGAAUACACAACAGCUAUUGACAUAUGGUCUGCAGGCUGUGUUCUUGCUGAGUUACUCCUUGGACAACCUCUGUUUCCAGGUGAGAGUGGAGUUGACCAACUAGUAGAGAUCAUUAAGGUUCUUGGAACACCAACACGAGAGGAAAUCAAAUGUAUGAACCCAAACUACACUGAAUUCAAAUUCCCUCAGAUAAAGGCUCAUCCUUGGCACAAGAUAUUCCACAAGCGUACACCUCCAGAAGCAGUAGAUCUCGCCUCAAGACUUCUCCAGUAUUCUCCAAACCUCAGAUCAACCGCUAUGGAGGCAAUAGUACACCCGUUCUUCGAUGAGCUACGUGAUCCCAACACACGUCUACCUAAUGGUCGUCCCUUGCCUCCUCUCUUCAACUUCAAACCUCAAGAGCUAAAAGGAGCAAGCGUGGAGCUGUUGUCCAAGCUUAUACCUGACCACGCCCGAAAGCAGUGUUCCUUCCUCGCUGUCUAAGUGACUAAACCUCUCUAUGUGUAAUGUACACAUGCAUAUGCUUAAGUAAUGGAGUUAGCCUUCUCAAGAUUAUUAAUCUGUGUCGUUUAUUGUCACUUGUCACAGUCCCACGGAUGAUUAGACAUUUUUUUAAAUCUAAAAUAGCUAUGCACUCUGAAUGACUAAUGUAUGUAACGGUCUUUGCCUUGCUGCAGUUGAAUGGGAGUAUAUGUAAAACUUGUCAUCACCUUUGGUUCUAGCCAAAAUUAUUAGUA